CUUUUUCAAUUUUAAUAAAUCAAUAGAAUUUCUAUAUGAACAGAAACUUUAUACUGGAGCAAAUCGUUGAAUAAAAGGAGCUUGUUUAAAUGGUAGAAACUUUGACAUCAUGGAUUUAUAGAGUAUUAAAUAUACCUAUAUUUAAAUAAGUUGUGUGAAUCAAAUAAUUUAAGAUUGAAGACCACAGAGCUAGCAGCAUAGUUAAUUUAAAUAUGUUUUACUUAAAAUUGUUGCAAUUUAUAAAACAUUUAACUUAUUGCCAUAACCUCAUUAUUCAUUUCUGUAAAGGUUUUUUAUACAUAAAAAUAUUUAGUAUAACGAAAGCCAAAGCUUUAUUUAGUUUAAUUUGCAAGAUUGUAUUCUUUUAGGAAAUAGUAUUUACUAGGAGAAAGACUUUCUUGAAAUGGAAUUGUAAAUUUUGAAUCUUGUCAAAUUUGAUGUAAAUCUCUCUACUAUUUCUGACUUUCUUUAAGAAGAAUAAACAAAAUAUAUUGAUUUAGUAUUAUUUGUAACAUUGGACUCAGAAUUUUGGUCUUUCUCAAAAUUCGAUUUAUUUGAGGCCAUUUUAUAAUUUAAUAAUCAUCAUAAACAGGGUUAAAAUGAGACAACAAAUAAAGUAUGUUAUUCUUAUUAUAUAGAUCAUAAAUUUAAUUCAAACCAAAGUCAAUUUGUUAACUGCUAAAGAAAAUGACUAAAAAAAUAACUUUGAGUGUAAAACCAAAAGUAUUCAAAAAUGGAAAUUUAAAAGUAAAAAUAAUUCCAAAAACCGUAAUUUAAAAAGUCUUAACAAAAAAAAAAACAAUUUCCAAAUGUGA